AUGUCGAACAAACGUGAUAAAUCGAAUGAUGAAAAUCAGCUUUGGCAAUCUCGUGUUGACGAGCUCAAGGGCUACGAGCAGGAGAUUAACAAGACAUGGGAAGACCAGAAGAUCUACGAAGUCGAUGCUCCAGAAACAGGCAGAAACGAAGAUCAUUACAUGAUUACAUUCCCAUUCCCAUACAUGAACGGUCGUCUUCACCUUGGACACCUUUUCACAAUCUCCAAGGCUGAAUUCGCUGUUCGCUAUCAGAGAAUGAAGGGAAAGAAGGCUCUCUUCCCAUUUGCCUUCCACUGCACAGGUAUGCCAAUCAAGGCUUCUGCUGAUAAGCUCAAGCGCGAACUCGAAACAGGCCACGCAAUCAAGGCAGCAGAUUCAUCAAAGGUUCUCAAGUCCAAGAUGGCAUCAAAGACAGAGAAGAACGCCUCACAAGUCGAAAUCAUGAAGCACAUCGGUGUUCCAGAGAACGAAAUCCCAGAGUUUGUCGAUCCACUCAAAUGGCUCCACUACUUCCCACCAUAUGGUGUUAAGGAUAUGAAGCAGUUCGGUGCUGCUGUUGACUGGCGCCGUUCCUUCAUUACAACAGACGUCAAUCCUUACUUCGACGCUUUCGUCAAGUGGCAAUUCAGAAUUCUCAAGGAGAAAGGCUACGUAGUCAAAGAUAAGAGACCAACAAUCUGUGAUCCAUCCAACGAUCAGCCAUGCAUGGACCACGAUCGCUCAUCUGGCGAAGGUGUCCAACCAACAAACUAUACACUCAUCAAGAUGCAGCUUGUUGACCCAGUCAAGGUCGAUGAGCGCUUCUCACAAUGCGGCGAUGCUAAAGUCUUCCUUCUUGCCGCUACAUUACGUCCAGAAACAAUGAUCGGACAGACAAACUACUGGGUUAAGCCAGGAGAGACAUACGACGUCGUCAAGGCCAAGAACCUUAACGAAUACUACGUUGCUGGCACUCGCUGCGUCCAGAAUCUCAUUGCCCAGGAAUAUGUCGAGAAAGCAGACCCAAUCUUCGAACUCGAGUCCAACAAGCUCUUAGGUGCCGAAUGCACAACACCAUCCAUCAAGGGCGCAAUCCGCGGUUUCCCAUUAGAAGGAAUUUUGAUGACAAAGGGCACAGGAAUUGUUACAUGCGUUGCAUCUGAUGCUCCAGCAGAUCUUCAAGGCAUUCUUGAUCUCAAGAAGAACAAACCAAUGCGCGAAAAGUACGGAAUCAACUUAGAUUGGUUCAAUUUCGAAAUUGUCAAGAUCAUCAACUCUCCUAAAUACGGCGACUUCGCAGCUGAAGCCACAAUCAAGGAAGUCGAUGCAGAUCCAGCAUUCAAGAAGGCUACAAAGGCAGAAAAGCUCGAAGAAGCCAAGCAUCGCGCUUACAUGGAUGGAUUCAACAAUGGUACAAUGAUCUACGGCCCAUUCGAAGGCAAGCCAGUCAAAGAGGCCAAGGAACUUGCCAAGAAGCAGAUGAUUGCCGAAGGAUCAGCCAUCGACUACUACGAACCAGACACAACAGUCAUUGCCAGAACCGGCGCUGAGUGUGUUGUCUGUUUGAUGGACCAGUGGUACCUUCUCUACGGCACACCAGAGUGGAAGCAGCAAGUUGUCGACCAUUUCGCAACAAUGGAGUGCUACCAUCCAGAAAUCCGCGAGAAAUUCAAAGCCUGCUUCGACUGGCUCUCCGCCUGGGCAUGCUCUCGUCAAUACGGUCUUGGCACACGUCUCCCAUUCGAUGAGCAGUAUCUCAUUGACUCUCUUUCUGACUCAACAAUCUACACUGCUUUCUACACAAUUUCACACUUGUUGCAAGGUGACUUAGAAGGCUCCAAACCAGGCAUCUGCGGCAUUAAACCAGAAUUAGUCAACGACGACUUCUUCAACUAUGUCUUCAGAGAUGGACCAAUGCCAACAACAAUUCCAGAAGACUUACUCAAGAAGUGCAAGCGCGAGUUCGAGUUCUUCUACCCAUGCUCAUGCAGAGUUUCCGGAAAGGACUUAGUCACAAACCACCUCACAAUGUGGCUCUACAACCACGCAGCUGUCUUCGAUCCAAAGUAUUAUCCACUCGCUGUCAGAGCUAAUGGUUUCUUGAACUUGAACAACAAGAAGAUGUCAAAGUCCGAAGGCAACUUCUUAACUGUUGUUGAGUCUAUCGAGAAAUACUCUGUCUCAGCAACAAGAAUCGCUUUGGCUGAUGCUGGUGAUGGCUCUGCUGAUGCAAACUUCACAGAUAUCACUGCUAAAGGAGCAAUGGCAAGAUUAUUCAACUUGAUCAACGUCAUCAAGUUCCCACCACAAGAAUCAAGAAAUGAAAUCGAGAACUUCUUCGAUAAGCUCUUCGACGCUAAGCUUGCAAAGAUCAUCACAGACACAGACAACGCUUACGCAAAGAUGGCUUACAAGGAUGCUCUCAAGGCUUGUUUCUUCGAUCUCCAGAACGCUUGGUCCGACUACAACUCAUCAUUGGAAGGUGUCCCGAUCUCUUCAAUUCUUAGAGAGAAGUACAUCAACUAUUCAUUGUUGUUGUUGACACCAAUCGCUCCACAGUUCACUGACUACUGCUGGACAAAGUUGUUGGGCCAUGAGAAGUCAAUUGUUUUGGAGCCAUUCCCAUCAUCAUGGUCAUACGAUGGAAGAUUGUUCUUCGAGGAAAGAUUCUUGCAGAAGACAUACAAGACAAUCGGUUUCAGAAUCAAGAAAGGAAAGCAGUUGAACACUGCUGCUGUCUUCAUCAAGAACGAUUUCACAGAAGUUCAAUUACACGUUCUCGCAAUCUUGAGAAAGCACUGGGAUCAGAAGAACAACCAGUUCGAUGACCAGACAGUUAUGAAGGAAAUCCAAGCUGAUGAAGUUCUAUCUAAGGCAAACAAGAAGGAGUACAUGGCUUUCCUCAACUUCUACAAGGAAGCUGUUCCGGAGUUCGGCCCAUUCUUACUCGCUGACAAACCAGAAAUUAACCAAUUAGAGUUGUGCAACAACAACAAGUCUUGGUUCACAAAACAGUUGUCAGCUCAGGGAAUUACAAACAUCGAGUUCUACGAUUCUGUUCCAGAAGGAGAUCUUUGGGAUAAGACAAUUGUUGAGCAGGCUCAGGUUUACAUCCCAACUGCUAAUGUAAUUCUCGUUCAAUAA